AUGCCUUCCUUCACCUCCAAGCUCGCCCUUGCCGGCGCUGUCCUCGCCUCCAAGGCCGCUGCCCACGGUAUCGUCCAGGGUUUCGCCACCGAUGGCGGCGCAUACCAGGAGGGCUACAUCCUCAACGACUACUACACCAAGCAGAACACGGGCGAGACCCCUGCCAAGGCUGGCUGGUACGAGGAGGCCACUGACAACGGCUUCAUCUCCCCCGAUGCCUACGCCACCUCCGACAUCAUCUGCCACAAGAACGCUGAGAACGCCGCCAAGACCGGCACCGUCUCCGCUGGCGGCAAGGUCGACUUCUACUGGACCGCUUGGCCCGAGUCCCACAUCGGCCCUGUCCUGACCUAUGUCGCCAACUGCGGUACCGCCGACGAUGCUUGCUCCACCGUCGACAAGACCACCCUCAAGUGGGUCAAGAUUGACGAGGCUGGCAUCGACCUCGACACCCAGACCUGGGCUGCCACGGACCUGAUCGCCAACAACAACACCUGGUCCGUCACCGUGCCCUCGUCCCUGGCACCGGGCCCUUACGUCUUCCGCCACGAGAUCAUCGCCAUGCACGGCGCCGGCUCCGAGAACGGUGCGCAGAACUACCCCUUCUGCAUCAACAUCGCCAUCACCGGCAGCGGCUCUGAGAGCCCCGAGGGCACCCUGGGUACUGAGCUGUACACCUCCACCGACCCCGGCAUCCUGUUCAACCCCUACACCACCCUGACCGAGUACACCAUCCCCGGCCCUGCCCUGUUCGGCUCCGGCUCCUCCACCGGUGGCUCUACCGGCAGCUCCGGCUCCUCCAACUCGACCACCCCCGCCACCCCCACUGCUAGCGGCAGCGGCUCUUCCGCCUCUGCGACCGGUGGCGCUACCCUCCCUACCUCCACCGGCUCCCCCGUCACCGGAGGCUACGCCGACGGUGGUGACGAUGAGAGCUCUUGCACCAAGAAGGCCCGCCGUCACGCUCGUGACGUCAAGCGUCGCAACUAA